AUGGCCUCGUUUGUGGAGGAGCUCUGGUCGAGCGUCUUUACCCCAGGUCCCACCCCGACCCUGCUGGUCGCGACCAACGCGACCUUCGCCGCCCUUCAAGUCGUCCUGUUCUCCCUUCUCGUCGCCACCUACAGCAUCCAUUUCGUCGUCCUGUCCGUCCUCUCAGGAUCCCUCUGGUACUCGAUCAACUGGUUUGCUCGGGAAGUGAGACAAGUGCAGGCCGCCGAGGCCGAGAAGGAGAAAAAUGAGAAGAAGGGCGACUCCACGCGGGAGAAUCCGGAGGAGAUCAAGGACACCAAGCACGACGGCAUUCAAAGGAAGACGCCGGGGGCUCUGGACAGCGACAGCGACACGGAGACGGAAAGUAUCUCGGAGCACAAUAGAAGGAACUCAGAUGCGUCUGGGCCUGACCUUCGGUCCACUCCUGUCCCGACUCUCCAGCCGCCAGAGGCCUCAGGGGAGAUUCGGAAACGCUCCAGUAUGGGAGGGGACAGCUCGGGCUAUGUGAGCACCGACAGUGAGUGGGAGAAGGUGGAGGAUAGUAACGGGGCUUAA